UAUAAUCAAUUUCUUUUGUAGAUUGCAUUGGUUAAUAGGUGUAAACUUGACUAAUAUGUCCCACAUACCAAUUGUAGAUUUUUCGCUUUCUCUAGAAGAAAAUCCUUCAAGAUCUAAAUUGGAAGAAACUGGAAAACUUCUGUAUGAUGCAUUCUCAACGGCUGGAUUUGUUUAUUUGAAAAAUGCUUCAAUUAAAACUAAAGAUGUGGAAAGACUGAAUCAUGUUACUGAAGAAAUUUUUAACGCCAGCUAUCAGGAAAAGCAGAAAUUUGCGUGGGAUCAUAAACAUAACUUUGGAUAUGUUGCUUUGAACAGAGAAAGUGUUGACCCAAAUAAACCGACCGAUUACAAAGAAGCGUUUAAUGUUGGCGCUGAAGCUUUGGACGGCGAUCAAACUUUUUGUUGGCCGCAUCAUCUAUCUGAUACAUUCCAUAUUGUAAUGAAGAAUUUUGCUCAAUCCUGCAAAGAAGUUGCACACCAAGUUUUGAGAGUUCUAGCAAUUGGGAUGGAAUUAGAGGAUGAAGAAUUCUUCAUUAAACAGCACCACCUAAUGCACACAUCUAAAAACUACACGACGUUACGAAGUCUGUAUUAUCCACCAGUACCUGAUACUUUACCUUUAAACCAACUUCGACUUGGAGAGCAUUCGGAUUACGGAUCAAUAACUCUGCUGUUUCAGGAUAACAUUGGAGGAUUACAGGUUGAAAAUAUGGACAAGGAGUUUGUAGAUGCUGUUCCAAUAGAAGGCACUAUACUUGUUAACAUAGGAGAUGCUUUGCAGUUUUGGACAUUAGGAAAAUUAAAAUCCACCAAGCACAGAGUGUUGAUUCCUAACGAUCCAGUCGCUCGUAAAACAAUCCGGCGAUCUUUGGCUUACUUUGUUCAUCCCGAUCAUGAAGUAAUCGUUAACAAACCUCUGGUUUAUAAAAACAAGGUCUGUGAAACUGACAAGCCAGAGAAAUUAAUCACGGCGUUCCAACACACUGCAAGCAAGCUUGAUGCCAGUUAUCAUUACUGAUUAAAACUUUAGGGAUUAACUUUUAGUGAUUUUUAGGACA